UGUGUGUAUGGGUAUCCAAAGGGCAACGCAGGGGCUUUUUGCAGUCCACACCUGUAUAUCUAUUGGCCCGUGGCACAUUCUAAUAAUUUCAUUUGAAAAGAAAACAGCAAAAAUGUAAAAAUCUGCAGUGGUUUUGCCAGAAUAAAGUCAAAAUAUCAAGUUGAAAUAUUAUUUAAAAUCAUAACAAAACAAAAUAAAGUUUGUGGAAAAUGUAAUAAGAAUAAAGUCAAAAUAUUAUGGGAAUAAAGUCAUAAUAUUAAGAACAGAAAAUUACAAAUAAGGGCUCCUACCUGGCGGACAUUCACUUGUCACGGUCCAAUCUGGAAGCAAAUAACUGUGAUAAAUGAGGGAUUACUGUCAAACCAUGUUUUUGUAUGAUUUCUUCCAAAAUUUCCACAAAAAUAUUUUCAUCCAAUAGUUUGCCUCCCCUGUAUUGGAUCAUUGUCUGAAAUGUGUGCUGCGUUACUGACUCGCUGACCCCAACCAAAUAUUUCUGACUCCGCUUCAGCUAAGAUGAGGAAAAGAAUGAGAGAUUUCAAGAGUGUCGUCCAACCUCUCAUUCAUUCAUUAAGACGGAAUGUAGGGAGAAGUUUCUCCAACAGGGGGUGCUGUUGACCUCCUGUUCCUCCUACAAUGGGAGACUGACAGUUCGCCCAAGGUGUUUGUUGUUGAUCUUUGUAUGAUGUAAGCAAACAUGGAUAACAUGAAAGAUUGGGCUUACACCUCAUGGGGUGUCAUUUUUUCACUUGAAUGUAAAGGACAUUUGGGGUGCAUGUUGGCCACGCAGUCAGGAGAUCUGAGUUCGAUUCUGCGCUUGGGCAUCUCUGUGUGGAGUUUGCAUGUUCUCCCCGUGCAUGCGUGGGUUUUCUCCGGGUACUCCGGUUUCCUCCCACAUUCCAAAAACAUGCUAGGUUAAUUGGCCACUCCAAAUUGUCCAUAGGUAUGAAUGUGAGUGUGAAUGGUUGUUUGUCUAUAUGUGCCCUGUGAUUGGCUGGCCACCAGUCCAGGGUGUACCCCGCCUCUCGCCUGAAGACAGCUGGGAUAGGCUCCAGCAUACCCCAGCCACUCUAGUGAAGAUUAAGCGCCAUAGAAAAUGGGUAAAUUACAUUUGUGGUACCCCCUAUAGGUUGUGUUCUAAGUUCUUAGGAAGACAUGCUAGCAUACAAAGUCAGUUUUUCAAUGUGCAUAUCUUGCAGAAUAUUCGACUAGUUAUAAGACAAAUGGCAAUUAAUUGCAAAGUCCCUCAUUUGAUCUUUUGAAAAUGAUGAAAAAAAAAUUCCACUGCAUUUCAGCCCUGCCACAAGGACCAGCUGACAUGACAUAGGAACAUUAGGUUCUGGUUAACACAGGAAGAGAGUGAUGACAGGCUGACCUAGGCUGGAGAUGACUUGAUUGAGGGACAGUAGCAGACUGGUGUUUGGUAUCUUUGUUCUUCUGCUGUUAACCAUGGUUACCUGCAAGGGAACACAUGCAGUCAUCAUUACUUAGCACAGAAAGGGCUUCACAGGCGCAGUGACCUUUUAUCGCAUCAAAAACAUCAAGGAGAGAGGUUCAGAUAUGGAGCGCAUAUUGACGCCUGGCAUCAAGAAGGGUGCAAAGAAGCCAUUUCUCUGCAGAAAAAAACAUCAGAGACGGACUGGCAUUCUGAAUGUUGGGCAUAUUGGGAAUAUUGGGCUUGUCUGGAAGACAAGAAAAGGUGAGCGCUACUAUCAGUCCUUUGUCAGGCCAACAGUAAAGCAUCCUGAAAUCAUUCAUGGGUACGAUUAUGCAUAAGAACACAUAAAAUAUAUAGAAAACAUAUAUAACUGACUAUCUUUUGUGUUUACAGAGCAUUGAGUUUGAUUGACAGCUGGAUGUUGACGAGCGCAUGAGAGCUUCCACCAGGCUCUCCAGGUGUUUGCCCCCCCCUUUCGCCAUUAAGAGUGUAUACGUUUCACUUUACAAUGUUUACAUUGACAAUGAGUGUACAUUCUGCUCCGGCUUUUAACAUAAGCCACCACGCUGACAUUCGUCACCGUUUGCCCACCUCCUUCCUUCCCGCCCGUACCCCUCCUCAAAUGAAGUGUGACGCCAUAAAAAGUCCAAAGUGUCUAAUCUUCAGCAAUCAGGGCCUUAAAAGGCAACUUGGUGCCACAAUGCGUACAUCAGAGGCUCAGCCUUAUCAGAUUUCCACAUGUUGAUGUCAUGAGGUGUUUAUGUGUUCAUGACAAUUUCAGUAAGAAUAGAAACCAGGAUGGGUGGAGUUUCGGGGAGGAGGUGGGGCCCAUGCAAUGAAGCAGGCAGAGGUUAAAGGUGAGGAUGACCUCUACAGUACCCAAAGAAAGUGUAUGCGCAUCUAGACAGGAAAUGUAACCAUUUUGUAUGUUGUUUGCAUGCUUGUGUAUGUGUGUGUGUGUGUGUGUGUGUGUGUGUGUGUGUGCAAAGUGGGAAGUAGUUUUCCCACAGUGGAUGAGGGGGACACAGGGUAGGAGGACACAGGAAGCAAAGUCUGCUGGGAAUUUGGACCCUGAGGAAUCUCAUCUGCUGUUCAUCAGCCAUCAGUCAACCCUGCGCACACACACACACACACACACACACACACAUAAAACACUAAUGUAUGAGUGCAGUUUAAAAUAGCCGCACACUGUCUAAGCAUAAAAAAACAAACAUUGAGUGGGAUAUAUUUACAAAUCGAUGUGUUUACGUGCAGCCACAAAACCUAUUUAACCACAAAAUCAAAGCUAACGCUACCUACAGUAUAUAGUUUCCUUAAGUGCAUCCAUCUUCCUGUGGUAACUGCCACACCUGUUACCACCUGGCAAUUAGUCAUCUUUCUUAAUCCUUCUCCACCGAUUUCAAAUCAACAUUUCCAAUAAAAGUGUUAUAACACAUCCAUUGGUUCGAGUUGGAGUACCAAUCACCAUGUCGCUUUAUUUGCCAUUGUUCAUUAGUGACAAAGGAAGCUAACCAUGGAAGCUAACCAAAGAAUUGCACGGCACACGCUAUGAACUUUGAAAAUAGAGCAGUUACGCCAUCAAUCAACUAGGCGAGAUUGGACACAAUAAGUUAUCAAGUGACUUCGCACAUUGACUGCUCUGAUUUAUUCGUCCCGGCGCCAUUUGGCUGUAGAGUUUUUGUUUCCUUGUUAAAACAUUUUCAUACACAUUCAUUGAGUCGGUUUAGCUUCAUCUUCAUCUUCUAUUGUUUAUUGGCUGCUAGCAAGCAAUUUAAGCAGUUUGCAGCUUGCUAGUGAACAAAUGAAGGAGAUUGAUUGACAAUAGUCCAUAGCCAAUCAGGACGCAGAAAACAAUGGGCAGGUUCUUUCUUCUCCAAUACGACUGUUUUGGCUCUAGAGGGCUCCUAAUUUCUUACACAGGUACACAGACUAGAUGGAGCUGUACUCAUCGUCAACAUGAGUGUACAACACCCGGUGCUGGUAGCAGUAGUGAACAUUAAGGCCGGGAUCACAGGCCAUCAGAAUCGUUCUGCAAGAUUAAAAUCCCUGUUGUAAUCGCACACUAGCUCCGUGGGGUGCAGCGCCGGUUUUUGGCGGAAAUAAUUGGUUUGGGAUCUUUAACAGAGCACUGAUAGAUCACUCUAAUACACCACAAGGACGCAAAACACAAUGCACAUUUAUAUGCUGUUAAUAUUCAAAAUUGCACUUAAAAAUCCUCAAAAGUUGAAACACUGUACCUUCCACGAUGUUACGUUUGGCUACAGGUUUGGUUACGGUUUGGUUACGGUUGCGUUCUGUAAUGAAGUUUGGAUGGGGUACACAAGAUCAUCCCUAAUUCUGAUCAAUUGGAACCUAACUUCCAAUAAAUUCGGCUACUUUUCCUGACACUCCAAGACAUCUAAUGUUAAGUUACAUUAGGUGAGAAUAUGUAUUUACGGCUACAUUGCAUCAGUUAGCUUACACUAUAUGUACUUUUCACUUUAAAUGUGAGUUGAUUAUUCAAUGUAAGCAAGUUUGCAUACUUUAUGGAUAUAAACAUAAAGACAUAAUAUGAAUAGAGGACUGUUUAAGUGGAAUAUAAUAACGAGGAUCUAAGAUUAUUUAGUCCCAUUAUUCAUACAAAUAAAAACACAUUCUUUCGCAAGCAGUCCAACGGGGGGAGGAGAGAGAGAUGGUGGAAGGGAGGGAGCUACAUAGAGAGAGAAAAGUUCUACCACAUUCUCCCUCACAGGAUGAUCCCGUCAUACUCUCUGAUCUCUUCCCGGGAUGAACCACAGGCAGGCGGCCUCUCCGAGCCCGGGAAGCCCGCGGGCCAGGAGCCGGGACAACCUGCUGAUGUACGACGACUUCCCGGAGGAGAACAGUUGUCCCGGACGAUGGCUGAGCCACGGCAGCUCCGAGAGACAACUGCUGGCUCGCCUCAGCGCCGUGAAGCGACGCCAGGCCCUGCGAGGCCCCGGCCACAUGUUUACCGCCCCGUCUGCCAGCCCCUCGGAGGUCGAGCAGCGCUUCCUGGAGGCAGCCGAGUACGGCAACAUACCCGAGGUGCGCCGCAUGCUGCGGCACGUGCCGCACCUGAACGUCAACACGGUGAACUACAUGGGUCAGAACGCGCUGCAGUUGGCCGUGGCCAACGAGCACCUGGAGGUCACCGAGCUGCUGCUGGGGAGGCCCGACUUGGCCCGAGUGGGUGAUGCCCUGCUGCUGGCCAUCAGUAAAGGUUACGUUCGCAUUACAGAGGCCCUGCUAGCCCACCCAUCAUUUCGAGAUGCCCAUCGUCUUACAGCAAGUCCUGCUCAAGUGGACAUACUAGAUGACUUCUAUGCGUAUGACGAGGACGGGACAAGGUUCUCCCACGAUGUCACUCCGGUGAUCCUGGCGGCUCACUGCCAGGAGUAUGAGAUCGUCCAUACCUUGCUGAGUAAAGGGGCUCGCAUCGACCCUCCCCACGACUACUUCUGCGGCUGCAACUCCUGCAACUACCAGCAGCAGUUUGACUCCUUCAGCCACUCGCGGUCUCGCAUCAACGCCUACCGGGGACUGGCCAGUCCGGCGUACCUGUCUCUGUCCAGUGAGGACCCAGUGCUGGCCGCUCUGGAGCUCAGCAGCGAACUGGCCAUGCUGGCCAACAUCGAGAAGGAGUUUAAGGGCCAGGCUAUCGGACAAGUGUUUAAAUUCUUCAGCCUGCUUUGUCUGCAGAACGACUAUUGCUGUCUGUCAAGCCAGUGUAAGGACUUUGUGGUGGGCCUCCUGGACCUGUGUCGCAGCACGGAAGAGGUGGAGGCCAUACUGAACGGAGAAACUGACUGUGGCGAGAGCUACGAUCCGCCAGGUCGCCCUUCCCUCGCACGCCUCAAGUUAGCCAUCAAGUACGAAGUGAAGAAGUUUGUGGCCCACCCCAACUGCCAGCAGCAGCUGCUGAGCAUCUGGUACGAGAACCUGCCUGGUUUGAGGCAACAAACCACCGCCAUCAAACUUCUGGUGGUCUUGGCGGUAGCUAUGGGGUUACCAGGGUUGGCUUUGGCCUACUGGAUUGCUCCGUGCAGCAGAGUGGGUCAAGUGAUGCGAAGCCCCUUCAUGAAGUUUGUGGCCCACGCCUCGUCCUUCACAAUCUUCCUGGGUCUCCUGAUCUUGAAUGCCGCAGACCGCUUCGCAGGAACCACUUUACUGCCCAACAUGACCCACCACCAUGUUCCAGGGGGACUCAGCACAGACCCACUGCUGCUCUAUCGAAUGACCACAACCCCCUUCACCUGGAUGGAGAUCCUCAUCAUCGCGUGGGUCGUGGGUAUGAUCUGGGCGGAAGUGAAGGAAAUCUGGAGUCUCGGGCCAGGCGAAUACAUUGUGGAACCGUGGAACUUUCUGGACUUUGGGAUGCUGGCCAUCUUCCUGGCGUCCUUCAGCUGUCGCUUCUCCGCCCUCAGACACGCCAGCGUUGCUCAGACGCAUGUCCACGCCCACUACACAAACCUGACAAACGUCACGCUGCCCCCGGAGAUACUCUACUUUACACUGGCCCGCAUCCACUGGCUCCCGUCGGACCCCCAGCUGGUCUCUGAGGGUCUGUACGCUGUGGCGGUGGUGCUGAGCUUCUCUCGCAUCGCUUACAUCCUCCCGGCCAAUGAGAGCUUCGGUCCGCUGCAGAUCUCCUUGGGGAGGACAGUGAAGGACAUCUUCAAGUUCAUGGUCAUCUUCCUGCUGGUCUUCUUGGCCUUCAUGAUCGGCAUGUUCAACCUGUACUCGUACUACCUGGGUGUCAAGCAGAACGACGCCUUCACCACGCUGGAGGAGAGCUUCAAGACUUUGUUCUGGGCCAUAUUCGGGCUAUCCGAGGUCAGGUCGGUGGUCAUAAACAACAGGCACAAAUUCAUCGAGAACGUCGGCUAUGUGCUGUAUGGUGUUUACAACGUUACCAUGGUGAUCGUGCUGCUCAACAUGCUCAUCGCCAUGAUCAACAGCUCCUUCCAGGAGAUUGAGGACGAUGCUGAUGUUGAGUGGAAGUUUGCUCGGGCUAAACUCUGGUUUUCCUACUUUGAGGAGGGAAGGACGUUACCGGUGCCCUUCAACCUGGUCCCCAGUCCAAAGUCCAUGCUGGGUCUGUCCAAAGGCAUCAAGUCUCUGGCCCUGCACUAUGUGAGGGGACAAAGGGAAGACAAGAAUGAGACACAGCUUGACAAGAUUGGAGAAAGAAAAAGUUCAACAUACAGCAGUUCCACUCACCCUUCCAGAUAUCAGAAGAUCAUGAAGCGUCUGAUCAAGCGUUAUAUCAUCAAAGCUCGAGCAGACAGAGAGAGCGACGAGAUCACAGAAGGUGAGCUGAAAGAAAUCAAGCAGGACAUCUCCAGCCUACGCUAUGAGCUGCUGGAAGAAAAGUCUCAGAACAUGGAGACCCUGGAUGAGCUGCUGAAAAGACUUGGCGACAUCACCACACCCUCCUGAUCAUUCGUUUACUGCUGUAUACGUUUCAACACUUGCUGUAGCUAUUAAAGAUUUGU